CGCAUUACAGAGUGUACAUUUGUUCAUCGUUGCUCCAACCCUUAUUUUCUCUAUACAUAUACACAUGCAAUAUUCUUCCCCAAAUUAAUUCUCAGUCUUUAAUUAGAAGCCCCUGAAAUUUGAAUCCCAUGUUAGGGUUGAGACCCCCCCCACUCUCACCUCUUGAUUUCCCCUUAAAAUCCAAACCUUUCCCUCCAAAUCCAAUUCCUCCCCUACAAAACCCUAAUUUCUUCUCAAUUUCGACGACCCUGCGAAAAUCUCCAUCACCAAACCGGAAACAGUUCCGAAUUCAUGCGCAAAAUGGUAACAACGAGAACAAAGAUGGCGGGCCGCCGACGGGGAACGGAGAGGAGGAGAAGGUGAAGAAUGGACGGGCGAGAUUGAAUCUGAGGUGGGUGGAUCUGGUGCUGGACCCGGACCCGGAUAACUUGGUGGCCGUGGGAUUGACGGGGCUCCUGACUUGGGCCAGCGUUCAGGUGUUGUGGCAGCUGUUUGUGAUAUCGGCGGCCAUUCUGAUUGCUGCUCUCAAAUACACCAUUGUUGCUGUUCUUCUCAUCUUUAUUCUUAUUACUCUUCUUUGAUUUUCAUUUUUUCUUUUUCUUAUAAAUUUUUGGGAGAAUGAAGUUUGGCUUCAGUGUGUA